CACCGGCAGCUCCGAGGGCAUGAACGGACGGGAUAAAGCCAGCACCGUUGGACCUACACCCGCACCUACACCGCACAAGGUCCCUUUUAUCGCGCUCCCAGCCCCUGCGCGGUGAGGCUCCGCCUCGGGGAGGCCGGCAGCCAAUGGAGGCCGGCCUGGAGCGAGGCCGGAGGCUGGAGCCGCUCGGCCUCCGCGGUGCCGUGCGGUCAGUCGCGGAGCAGCGGCUGUGCUUGGGCUAUGCACUCCCUGGCCCAGGAGAUCCGCAGCUUCUCCAGGGACAACCUGCGGAAGCAGCGCACCCGCGUAACGACACUGACCGGCCGGAGGAUCAUCGAGACGUGGCGAGGAGCCUGCCUGCAGGUGGAGGAGGAGGCGGCGGCGCCCGGCGGUAGUGGAUAUGUGCAGGACCUCAGCGCAGACCUGCAGGUCGGCGUCGUGAAGCCCUGGCUGCUGCUGGGGUCGCAGGAUGCUGCUCACGACCUGGAGACGAUGAAAAAGCAUAAGGUUACUCAUGUUCUAAACGUGGCAUACGGAGUCCAAAAUGCCUUCCUUGAUGACUUCAUAUACAAGACCAUUUCUAUUCUGGACCUCCCAGAAACUGACAUUAUCUCUUAUUUCCCAGAGUGUUUUGAGUUUAUUGAGAAAGCCAAGAUACAGGAUGGUGUGGUGCUGGUCCACUGUAAUGCAGGAGUCUCCCGUGCAGCGGCAGUAGUCAUUGGUUUUCUAAUGAAUUCAGAAGGACUGAGUUUUGCUAGAGCCUUUUCCUUGGUGAAAAGUGCAAGACCUGCGGCUUGUCCAAAUCCCGGCUUCAUGGAGCAGCUUCACAAGUACCAGGAACAGAAUAUAAAGGCAAAUGGAAGCAUAAAUGAUCACGACUGAUCAAAAGGGAGAAGCAAAACAAUCUGCUUUGACUCUACAGCAACAGAUGUUGGAUGUACUUUAAUAUGUCAUUUUGCAGUUCUCUUUCACAUAUGCAUUUUAAAGUCUUUACAUAUUUAGUUUUUUUUCUUACCCCACUUUGACCCCUUUUUUUUCACCAUGUAGUCUGAAGGCCAAAUGGUAUUCCACUGGCUUCAGAGGUGAUUUUGGCCAAGAACAAGAUCUGCCUUGAGUACUAAUAAAAAGACAAAGUUUCGUUUUCCUUGAAAUAUUAGAAAAAAAAAACCCAGAAUAUGGUUUUGGUUGGUUUUUGGGGUGCUUUUUUUGUUUUUUACUUGUUUUUUAUUUGACCAUAGAAUCAUAGAACAUUUUGGGUUGGAAAGGACCUUAAGAUCAUCUAGUUCCAGCCCCAUCAGAAAAUGCAGGAAAUAGAGAAAUGAAAUAACUGAGAUAAGUUGUCCUGUUCACUUUAAUACUAAACCAAAUGUCUGCACUGUAGUUGGCUGCAAAAGCUAGAAAAUAAAAUGUUGAUACAAUAAAGUACCUUGAUACUGGAUUUUAAAUUUAUAUUGCAACUGAAGAGUAUUUAAUUGAAUUUUCUGUAACGAUUAAAUAUUUUUGGAAAUUAAAACAGAUGGUCUUUUGAGGAUGCUCAAGAUGUGUAGGAUGCUUUAAUGUGUCUUUUUACUAUUUCUCAUCAAGCAGUGAUUUGAAAUGUAGUAACAUGGUGUUUCCAAAGUGCCUGCACCAGGCUACCAGUGAUUUAUAGUAGGUUAUUUUGGUGGAGAUACAACAUAUGUUUGUAACAUCCUAUCUCUGACUCACUGCUACUGCCUUUUCUUUGCAUUUGAUCUUCAUGCCAGGUUGAACCCCUGGUCUAGUGGAAGGUGUCCCUGUCUGUGGCAGGGGGCUGGGAUUUUAAGGUCCUUCCCAACCCAAGCCAGUCUGGGAUUCUGUAAUGCUGUGAUUAAUUUGCUGUCCCCUCACUCCAUUUCACAUCAAGUAUAAAGAACAGACAUCAUAGCAUUCCUACUGUUGACCCUCCUGACAGGUCUUGGGCUGGAAUUACUGUAUGAAGAUGGCAUGGUUUUGUUUUGAUGUAUCUGUAAAAGAUGCUAAUAUUUUUAUGGCCUUUAUGCCAGUUCCAAAUUAUUUGAUAUAUUAAUAUGCAAUAAAUUUAAAAGAACACUG